UUUAAGUAUAUAGUUUCCGUGCAGAUUAAGGAGGGCACGAUAUUGCUCUCCCCAAAAUUCAUUGACAUGUGCAGGUAUGCGUCCCACUACAUCCCACACAGUUAGUAGUUGGCAUUAAAAGGGAAAUUGCCCGCCAUCCUGCAUUUAAUUCUACUUUUUACUUUGUGAUUUGAUUUGAUUUGAUUUUGAUUCAAUGGAAGACCACAAAUCCCCUGUUGCUGCUGCUAUGGGUAACAAGAAAAGAGCAAGAAAUUGCUGCUUCGUCUGCCUCGCUGUCCUUGUUCUUCUAGGGCUUCUCUUACUCACCUUGGGCUUAACAGUUUUCAAAACCAAAAAGCCUGUCACGACAGUAGAUGCCGUUACCCUAGAUGAUUUGGAUGUUUCAUUUGACAUCGCACGACUCCAAGUUCACCUCAAUGUCACCGUUAAAGCAGAUCUCUCUAUCCAAAAUCCCAACCGGGUCAGCUUCAAAUACGACACCACAUCUGCUCUGCUUCAGUACAAAGGAAAAGCUAUCGGAGAUGCCCCUCUUCCGGCAGCCAAAAUUGGCUCCCGUCAAACGCAUCCAAUGAAUAUUUCCCUCACCGUCAUGGCCGAUCGAUUGCUUUCAGACUCCACUUUGUAUUCCGAUGUUAUGGCCGGUGCCUUACACCUCACUACUUACGUCAAAUUGUCUGGGGUUGUUCAUCUUCUAUUCAAGAUUCAUGUCAAGACUUCCUCUACCUGCGAUUUGUUCAUCGAUGUUCUUAACAGGAGGCUCCUUAAUCAGACUUGUCAUUAUAAGACAAAGCUAUGAUUUUCCAUACCACUUACUGUUUUAUUUGUUUUUCUUCACUACUGUUUUGGAUGAGAUUUGAUUUUCGAUUUUCAUUUUUAUUAUAUUAGAUCCCACUUAAUAUCUUGUCCUCUCUAUUUGCUUUGUACACUUUUUCUCUACUUCAAUUGAAAGGCUAAACAUACAUUUGUGUUUAUCAACUA